AUGAAGUCCAGUAUGAAGCAGUGGCGGAGGCUGAUGCUGUUGGGAAUUAUGGCGUGGGUUCUCCUCUUCUUCGCCCUCCUUUCUUACUUUCUGGAUGCUCGUCCCGACGAGACCCUGACCUCUGCUAGCUCUUUACUCUCCCAGCACCCUGACACCCGUCGGCUGACUUCCAUACAGGCCUCUCAUCCACAACAUAACAUUGUGGGGUCCAGACAUGAACUGGUGUCCACCUUAACCACAUCCUACCCUGGAGAUGAACCAGAGCCUUCCACCAGCUUCAAUUCCCCUGAUUUCAGCCAGGAGGUGAGCCACAGUCCUAACAGUGCACCCUAUGCCAUGUAUGGUAGCCAGGAGGCCAGUCGCCAGGAAUACCUGGACCCACAGAGCCUGGCUGCCUGGAGGGUCAGUAGUGACUCCUCUGAUCGGGGGCAAUAUUAUUUCACCAAGCCAGCCUCUGUGUUGCAGCGCUUAUGGCGGGGCCGAAUGUCGGCCGACAUGCUGAACCCUCGACUGCAGCAUGCUAUGAAGGAAUAUGUGAGAUCAAACAAACACCGUGUCUCUUACAAGGGUCAUCGCAAAGCUGCCCAGAGUGCCAAAGAGCUUGUAUGUCAGAUGAAAGCUCAGGCCCAGCUGAGGACAGUGGAUGGGUUGGAGGAGCCCUUCGCCUCACUUGGCUGGGCUCGUCUUGUGCCAUCCCUUCCCCUCGACCAACUGUACAGGCGGCAGGACAAGAGCAGUUUCAAGACCUGUGCGGUGGUCACCUCGGCCGGGGCCAUGCUGCACUCAGGACUGGGCAAAGAGAUUGAUUCUCAUGAUGCAGUUUUGAGGUUCAAUUCUGCACCUACAGAGGGGUACGACAGAGACGUGGGGAACAAAACCACUCUCCGCAUCAUCAACUCACAGAUUCUGGUCAAUCCCAGGUAUCGAUUCAACACAAAUUCUAUCUACAGGAAUGUGACCCUAGUGGCCUGGGACCCUCCACCUUACUCUCUCAAUUUACAUAAGUGGUAUGCCAGUCCAGACUUCAACCUGUUCAGCCCGUACGUUGAGUACCGCAAGCGCAAUCCUGGCCAGCCCUUCUACAUCCUUCACCCCAGCUACUUGUGGAAACUCUGGGAUGUGAUUCAAGGCAACACUCAGGAGAACAUCCAGCCCAAUCCUCCAUCAUCUGGCUUCAUAGGUGAGUACAUACACUUCUAG